GAGCCAUGCAGAAACUAGUUAUUUUAGUUGCCUGCAUCGCUGCAGCCAGCGCUGCAACUCCCUGGAACAGUGGACUUAGCGUCCGUUUCGGGGUUGGUCUUACCGGUUGGGGUUCAUCCUUCUUCAUCUCCGUCCCGCAAACUGUGUCCGACGCCAAGAACUCCCGUUGGGUGGAGACCGCCAGGCCCGAUGGCCCUCUCAGCAGCCUGGUGAUGCUGUGCCCCUCACAGGACGAUGUGGUCCUCUGCGCCCUCUAUGAUGACAACGAUGAUGUUGCUGGUCUGCAAGUUGCUCUGCCCACUGACAGCUACACCGACGCUGCUCUGGACUGGGAAACCCAAGGCUACACGAGCUGGACUGCGCCCGAAAACUCCAGUGGUGAUGUCAGGACUUACUGGACCUUGCAGCAAUACUUUGUCUCUGAAGCUACCCUGAGGAAGAGCAAAGAGGAGCGCCGCGCCUCCCGCUCCCUCAGCCGUGGGGUGUUGCAAGAGGACGCCGUGUGGGUCACCGGCUUCAACGGGGACCUGGUGAAGAUCUCCGGCAACGCCACCGAGGUCACCGACACCGCCACCUCCCUGUUCACUGAACAGGCUUGCGUCAUUCUCAUGGGUCGCCACUACUACUACAACAUGUCGCCCACCACCGAGUGCUCGUCCUCCACGCUGCUGCCGUGGUUCCCACUUCUGGACGUGCGCACUGAGCAGCUGAUCGGCACGGGCUUCAUGUCGUUCGGUCAGCUGCCCGCUUCAGCCCUCGUCAAGGACUACUUCGAAAGACCCACUGAGAGUGACGUCAAGAUGAUCGUGCCCAACGGCCCCGACUGUAUCUACGAGCUGGCGGCGAGCCCCGGCCUGGUCACCAUGCACAUCUACUACGUGGAUUCACCCUGGCUCAUCAACUGCAUCAACAACUAAGCUCAAGAAUCCCACGUCUUAGUCCUUACCAUCGAAUGUAAAUAUUUAAUAAACUCUA